GUAAUGGAUAAGUGGAAAAAUUCAGUUGCUGUUGUUACGGGUGGCAAUUCCGGUAUAGGCUUUGCAAUAUUGAAAAAUCUCGCAGAAUGUGGAGUAAGAGUUGUCGGCUUCGAUAUUCAAUUUAAUGCGAUUGAGAAAUUAAAAGUUGAAAUGAAAAAUGCUAAAAUUUACACAUUCAACUGUGAUGUGACAAAGGAUGAUGUAACCGAAGCUGCUUUUCAAUGGGUCGAAAAGAAUAUCGGUCCUGUUGAUAUUCUCGUCAAUUGUGCGGGCCUUCACAAGAACAUUGGAGCGCUUGAUCAACAAAAAUCAAUGUCGGAAAUUGUGAAUCACAUUGAUGUCAAUUACACUGCUGUCAUUCGAUGCACACGCUUAGUAUUUAAAUCAAUGGAAGCUCGAGAUGCCUAUGGUUAUGUUAUCAACAUAAAUUGUGUAUAUGGACAUUAUGUUCAUCCAACAACAGACAUCCAACUCGGAAUUUAUGCGAGCACAAAGUAUGCCGUUAAAACAACAUCUGAUGUAAUGCGAUUUGAAUUGAAUCGGAUGAAGAAUCGCAAGAUUCGUAUCACGAAUUUAUCACCAGGUGUAUGUAAUCGAAAGCCAUCGAAAGAAAUUGACAAUUCAUCAUUCAUUAAUCCUGCUAUUAAGCCUGAACACAUUGGUGAUACAGUCAUUUAUCUACUGAAAACACCACACGAUAUUACAAUUACAGAUUUACAAAUUAGAGCGACUGGAUCUGAUUUGUAGAGUGAAUCAAAAAAUAAGUUUUGUGAAAUUGCUGGAAAUGUGAAGGCUGAAGCGCAUUUCUAUUUUGAAGAUGUGAAUAU